AUGGGGAAGACGCACCAGGUCCUCACAGCCCCCGCCCCGGCCACCGAGAUCGGCCCCGUGCGCACGUACACCGCGGAGCAGCAGGACAAAAUUAGAGCUCUGCGCGAGUAUGCGGACACGCUGCUGCUUCCAGAGUCCGACUCAUAUCACGAGUGGGAGAAGCGCUGGCUCGACCGCUGGGACACCGUGCCCCGCUAUAUGCGCGCAGCCAAGUGGAACCUCGACGACGGCAAGCGGCGCAUCAAGGGCACCCUCGAGUGGCGGCGCGAGUUCAAGCCCGACCUCAUCCCGCCAGACGAGGUCAGGAUCGAGAGCGAGACGGGCAAAAUCAUCCUGAAUGGCUUCGACAACCAGGGCCGCCCGAUCCUCUACAUGCGUCCCGGCCGCGAAAACACGGAGACGAGCCCGCGCCAGCUCCGGCAUCUCGUCUGGUGCCUGGAGCGCGCGAAGGACUUCAUGCCGCCGGGCCAGGACUCGCUCGUGAUCAUCGUCGACUACAAGAGCACGACGCUGCGCACGAAUCCGUCCAUCUCCAUCGCGCGCAAGGUGCUCACGAUCCUGCAGCAGCACUACGUCGAGACGCUCGGCCGCGCGCUCGUCGUGAACCUGCCCAUGCUGCUCAAUUUCUUCUACAAGGGCAUCGCGCCCUUCCUUGACCCCAUCACGCGGGACAAGAUGCGCUUCAACCCGGACCUCUCCGAGCUCAUCCCGAAGGAGCAGCUCGACGCAGAUUUUGGGGGCGAUUUUGAGUACGAGUUCGAGCCCGUGAGCUACUGGGAGCAGGUUGUCUCACAUUGUCGCAUUGCUUCCGACGGAACGCGUGUCGAGGAGCACAAACACGAGCAAGGGGAGCGGCCUGCUGACCGCGAGGCCGAGAAAGCGGACAUGAGCACGGACGAGGUGGACAGCCCGUACGUAUGA